AUGUUUCCAGUGCAAGACUCAAGUACAAUUUCAUCGGCAACUUUUCUUUUUGAAAAUGCCACCAAAAUCUUAUCGACUUUUAUACCUGAAAAUCAUCGUCGAAAUAUACUUAAAUCAUACGAAGCAAUAAAUGUUAAAUCUUUUGGAACAAUUACUUUUUCAGAUAAAAAAACUAAUCAAGCACAAUUUAUUUGCAUACCACCGGAUGCUUCUAUUAAAGAUGUUAAAGAAUUAAUGUUUCGACGAUGGUGUACCGAACCACCAUCACUAGUAAUUUCGAUCGCAGGCGGUGCAAGAGAUUAUCAUAUGAAACCGGCACUAUUACGAGCAUUUGAACGUGGCCUUCUAAAAGUGGCCAAUACAACAGGUGCUUGGAUUAUUACUAAUGGUAUGAAUACAGGAAUCGUGAAACUUGUGGGUAAAAUUUUUCAAGCAAAUCCAAAUUGCUCACGUCCAAUUCAUUUAAUUGGUAUUACUGAUUUGGGCUGUGUAUCAGAUUGUCACCAAUUGAAUGUUCACGGAGCAAAUGUGCGUUAUGUUGAAUCAUGUUCUCAAGAAACAGGACAAGUAGCUAUCGAACCUAAUCAUACUGAAUUUAUUUUUGUUGACGAUGAAAGUGAACAACAAAACGGUGGUGUAAUAAAAUUUCGUUAUGACCUUGAGAGAGCUAUUUCAGGGGGCCUUCUUGCACCGCGAUCUACAUCAAAUAGCGAUCAUUCAUUCCAAUCUUUGUCAGACCUGGUGCCGGGUGUCCUUCUUGUUGUUGAAGGUGAUUUAAAUACUGUUCGAACAGUUUAUGAUGCUGUUGUUCGAAAUAGCAUACCUGUUAUUUUUAUUGAUGGGUCAGGUCUUUGUUGUGAUUUAUUUGCUGAAACAUUACGUCUUUACGAAAAAUAUUAUGCAAGAAUUCAAUGCACCCAAUCAUUUUUAAAAUCCAGUCCUGCGAGCGUUCAAAGAUUUGAUGAUGAAUUAAAAGAUAAAAUUCGAGAAGCACUAGGAGCAACAUUUUUUGAAAUUAGUGAUAUUGGUAAUGGUGAAAAAAUCGAUGAAAAUACAGCGACUACAGAUGAAUCAACGCGACACGAAAGUGAUUCAAAUGAUUAUUUCGAAUUAAUUUACGAAUGCAUUAAGACGCGAAGAAAGCUUUUAAAUGUUAUACGUCUGAAUGCACGAAAUUUGGUUGAGCCUGAUAUGGACAUAGCCAUUUUAAGAGCUGUAUUGAACGCCAUUUCGACUUCUGAGUCGCGCAUCACAGAUAAACAACGAAAGUACGAACAAUUCUGUUUAGCUUUGGAAUGGAAUCGUAUUGAUAUUGUAAAGGAUCAUAUUAUGACACGUGAGGAAGAUUGGGAAAAUGAAGAAUUAACUAGUUUAUUUGAAAUAGCAUUGAAUCGAAAUCAAGGAGAUUUUGUUAAAUUGUUUCUUGAUCGGUACACUCCAUUAACUGCUUUAUUUCAAAACAAUAACAAGCUUGCAUUGCUUUAUGCCAAUAGCAUGAAACAUCAUGAUAUUUUAGUUGGCGAUGAUGAUCCAUUACGAACAAUCUAUGAAGAGAUCAUUCAACCAUUGAUCGGUGAUUUCUUCGACAUUGAUGUUGCUUUACGUAGACGAAAAGAUUCUUCGGAUACCAUGCUAACUAUUGAACAUUUUGUUGCAUUGGCUUGUUCUCCAUCACCUAGAAGAAGCCGAGAAUAUCAAAAUUCAACUUCUACUGGCUGUGCUGGAGAUUUACUUUCUGAAGGUCAUUCCAACUGUCCUGUAGAUAUUGACAAAGAACUUUUCCUCUGGUCUGUAAUAACAGAUCAAGGCGACAUUAGUUUGUUAUUUUGGGCACGUGGUAAAAAUAAAAUUUGUACGGUAUUAAUUGCUGUAAUAGUUUAUAGACAUCUUGCUCGAAAAACCGAUGACAACCGGUAUUAUCAAUUAGCUGAUCAAUUCGAAAAUUUGGCUGUAGAAAUUCUUGAUCGAUUUUAUCAAGGUAAUGCGCGUGCAUGUGCAAAAGCAAUUAUACGACAAAUACCAGUCUAUGGCAAUGUUACAUGGUUAAAAUUAGCUGUAAAAGCAGAAGCUAUACAAUUCAUUGCCCAUCGAGCAGUACAAGAUGUACUCGAUGAUAUUUGGUUUGGAUACAUUGAUCAGCAAGAAAGUCAAACGAAGGUCAUUUUUUCGACAUUUAUGCUUUGGUAUAGUGGCUUUCUUCGGUAUCAUGAUGAAUUUGUUAAAACAAAUGAACAGACAACAUAUUUAGACUGCUCACUUGGUAAAUCAUACUUGUCAAAAACAAAACAGUGGUUGGAAAGGCCAAAAGAUGAUAUUCAAUUGAGAUUUAUGCAUGAUCUUGAAAAUGUGAAUAAUGUUUCUGUUGAUUUCAUUGAUAUGGGCUGUUUCAAAAAGACAAAGAUUCGUGUUAGUCGAUAUUUUGGCAAUAUUUUACGAUUUAUACGUGCUCCAUAUGUUAAAUAUCUGUAUAAUUUAUCGGAUACUGAUGAAAAUGUUAAUGUAACUCAAUCAAUUUACGAUGAUGAAAAUGAAAUUAAUGCAACAGUUCCAUAUGGCCUUCAAAAACAUGAUCAUCUAGCCUUUAAAGAAUACAUACUUCUUCUUUGGAAUUCAACAGUACUUUGUGAAAUAUUUCGACAAUUCUGCUCUGCAAAAACACAAUCAGUUCAUAAUAAAAUGAUAAUUUAUUUUGACUUAUUUUGGAAUAGACUAACUAUUUUAGCUGUCGUCCUUUUUUAUGUUGGUUUUACUCUUCGAUUUAUUCCAUCAGCCGGCUGUUUUUAUGCAGCGCGCAUUGUUUUUGCAGUUGAUUUAGGACUUUGGUUCAUACUUACAUUAAAUAUAGUUUCAGUUAUUAAACGUAUUGGUCCAAAACUUGUAAUGAUUGGUGAACUGGUACAUGAUUUGCAAUUUUUCAUGGUUAUGUUAACUGUAUUUAUAUUGGGAUUUGGUGUAUCAUCUUACAGUCUUAUUUAUGGUACAAAAGAACUUACUUGGAAUUUACCACGUGAAAUUAUAAAUCUGGUUUACUGGCAAAUCUUUGAAGAAUUACAUGCAUUACAAACUAAUGAAAAUAAUUACAAAGCAAAUGGUUAUGCUGUAUUUAUUUUACUUGCUAUUUUUAUAGUAAUAGUUAGCAUAAUUUUGGUUAAUUUACUUAUUGCAAUGUUCAGUAAUACGUACAAUCGAGUUCAAGAAGAUACAGAUCGUAUUUGGAAUUUCCAACGGUACCAAUUAAUUUGUGAAUAUCUAUAUCGACCCUUGUUACCAGCUCCAUUUAUUCUUCUUUCAUAUCUUUGGCGAUUCAUAUUAUAUACGUUAUCACGUUGCAUCCGAUCAGCAUGCCUGAAAGCAAUAUAUGAACAACACAUAAUGCGAACUAAAUAUGAAAUUACGGUUGAUGAAAAAUUCGCUGCUAACAUCGAAACAACUGAAGAUGCACUUGGCGAUGAAGUUUACCAUAAUUUUUCGAAACCUGACAGACAACCUAGGACAAAGAGUGCUAUUGGAGAUAAAAAUAGCACUUCACCACAAGAGAUCAUAUUACAGAAAAUAGGAACUCUUGAAAACGAAGUCAAAGCAAGUCGUGGCGAACAAGCCCAAGUAUUAAAUUAUCUUGAUUGUUUAAUGGACGCCAUAAAUAUAACGAAUACUGAUCUCAUUAGAAUGUUGGAACGACGAUGUCUUCAUGAUCGGAACGAGCCAGUUGAUGGCACAGCUAUUCAAACCAAUGAUUCGAGACGACAAGUUCAGCAACGUUCAUUGAUAGAUGAAUUAAAUCAUUCAGACACUGCCCCUUUAAAUGUAUCGAUAUCAGCAAACAGCAAAUUAAUCUUAUCUCAUAAUACGUGA